AAGAUGGCGGAUGUAAAUAAAAUUCUGAAAACGGAACAAAUUUAUUUAUAAGCUUUUAAGAUUGCAAAAAUGGCUACAAAGAUGGAAGUUGACAACCCUUCGACUUCUAACAGUGUCAUGGCAUCGGCUGGAACUUCAGGAAGUGUUUCUGUCGCUCUCCAUCCACUUGUUAUUAUGAAUAUAUCAGAACACUGGACGAGAGUAAAAGCUCAAGAAGGGAAACCAACUCAAGUUUUUGGUGCAUUAAUCGGAAAACAGAAAGGAAGAAACAUAGAAGUAAUGAAUUCAUUUGAGUUAGUUAUAGAUCAUGUAGAUGGUGCAGUUAUGAUCAAUAUGGAUUAUUACAAUACUAAAGAAGAACAGUUUAAACAAGUAUUUAGUGAAAUGGAUUUUCUGGGAUGGUAUACAACUGGUGAUGCAGUUAAUGAAGCUGAUAUUAAAGUACAUAAACAAGUUUGUCAAAUAAAUGAAAGUCCAUUAUUUUUCAAGAUGAAUCCAUUAUCAAGACAUUCUGAUUCUUUACCAAUCACUAUCUAUGAAUCAGUAAUAGAUCUAGUAAAUGGUGAAGCUACUAUACUUUUUGUUGAGUUAACCUAUACAUUAGCUACAGAGGAAGCAGAGAGAAUUGGAGUAGAUCAUGUAGCUAGAAUGUCUACCAGUGAUACUAGUGAUAGUUCUUCAGUAGCACAACAUCUAAUGGCUCAACACAGUUCUAUUAAAAUGUUACAUUCAAGAGUUAAAUUAAUAUUAGAAUAUAUAAAAGCAGUAGAAGCAGGUAAAUUACCCAAGAAUCAUGAUGUACUAAGAGAAGCUUAUAGUUUAUCAUUUAGGCUACCAGUUAUUAAUACUUCUAAAUUUAAAGAAGAUUUUUAUAAUCAAUGUAAUGAUGUAGGUUUAAUGGCAUACCUUGGAGCCAUGACCAAGGGUUGUAAUACCAUGAACCAGUUCAUCACCAAAUUUAAUUUAUUAUACGAUAAACAAGGUAUGAGAAGGAUGAGAGGACUGUUUUUCUAGAGUAAUAAUUCAAAGUGAUUUACUUGUACCAGUGAACAUUUAUUGUGACGGAUAAGUAAUUCCAAAGAGUGCUGUAAUAUGAAUUGCUUUUAGUUGAAAUUGAUCCAAAUACAACCACUGUUCUAUUUCACAUUUGGGCAGUAAUUGCAUCUUAUUCAGGUUAAAAUAAAAAAAAACGAAUAAAAAUCACCCUAGCUGAUUCAGUCUAGCUUACUGUUAUAACAUAAUUUCUAGCAAUUCCAUCAGUCAUACAUUAAAAUGGAAAUAACAUAGUGGUUAUUUAUUACAAUUGGUUGGUUAUAUUGUAUAUUAAAAUAUGAUUUCUUA